AUGAGAUCAAGAGCCAAGGGGGAGGCAGUCGAUCAUCGAUCAACCGCCCCCGCAUCCCCUCUCCUCCGCCUUCGUACUCCAGACUCGAACCUCUUCCUGUUCUGCCACGCCUUUGAUAUCUCCGAGCACGCACUCGUUCAACCGGGGAAAUACCACGCACUUCUAUCAACUAGGGGAAAUGUACACGCAUCCGACUGGGAAGUGGAUGAGGAUCGAUCGCCUCCGCCCAAGUUGGAGUCUAGGUGCGAGGUUGUGAGACUGCGAGACUGGGAGGUCGUGUUUUGCGAAAAAAGAGAGGCGAGUGCUGAUCACUGGGUACAAGCUGGCGGGGUCGGGAAAUAA